CUGCUCAAAUCACACAAGCACGAAAAACAAAGUGCUGCAAUAAAAUCGCUUUUUUCAUCAAUUAAUCUCACUCAUCGCCCAUAACUAACUCACGUAACCUCUAGCUAAGUAGUUGACGAGCCUAAUUAGGGACCUUCUUUGCCCGCAAACACUCGAUUUUCAUCUCGGAACUCGCAACAACAUUAGAAAUUUUUCCCAAAGUCAUGACACGAGCAAGCAUAGAACUGGGCGACGUAACGCACCACAACCUGAAGCAAUUGAAGAAAAUCAACACAGUCGUGUUUCCCGUGACGUAUAACGACAAAUUUUACUUGGAUAUUUUGGAUUCGGGCGAAUUGGCGAAACUCGCGUACUACAAUGACAUUGUCGUUGGGGCGGUUUGUUGUCGCAUCGACACGUCGGAAAACAUGAAACGUCUGUACAUCAUGACACUGGGCUGCUUGUAUCCGUAUCGCAGAUUGGGCAUCGGCACGAUGAUGGUUGAACACAUUCUGAAGUACGUGCAGUCGGACGGCAGUUUUGACAGUAUUUUCUUGCAUGUGCAGGUGAACAACGAAAGUGCCAUCGAGUUUUACAAGAAAUUUGGCUUUGAGAUUGUCGAGACGAAGCAAAAGUACUACAAACGUAUCGAGCCGGCAGAUGCUCAUGUUUUGCAAAAAACGCUGCAAAAAUGGAAGGGAACGAAUUGCGGCGCAAAUGCGGAUCAAGUGACAGCGACGACACACUGCAACGGCGUGAAAGCCUAAAGGCGGGAUUUUGGAUCAAAAAUAAAAUUACUUCUAUAUU